UGUUAAUCAAGGUGUGGUCCAAUUUUCGCAAGCAUCAUGGAAAUCAAUUUGUCAGCGAUAGAAUAUAUUGAGCAGAUUAGGAGCUCCGAGUCCUCGCGUAUCUUCCGUACCUGUUGGCGCGGUAAAGACUGUAUUAUGAAAGUGUACCACAGUGCUGAAACAUCUUACGCUGACCCCAGAGACCGCGAAGUCGAUGUCUUUAGGUGCGAAAGCCAAGCCUAUAUUCGUCUGAAAGCCCGUGGGGUAUGUGACAAGGGAUAUGUCCCCGAUCUCUACGGCCUGAUAGAGAACAUCGACGCUGUUGAAUGGUCGCCAUACUUGAAGGAAUUUCUCAACGACCGGUUACCUCCCAAAGCCAUUUUACUCGAAUAUGUGCCAAACCUUCAUCGGAUUGACCUAUCUACCUUCUCAAUGGCAAGGACUCAGAAAAUCCGUAAGAUUCUCGAGGAGAUACAUAAAGCUGGGGUCUAUCAUGGAGAUCCGUUUCCGCGGAAUAUGAUGGUUCAAGAGGAUUCAGAUAGGGUUCUCUGGAUUGAUUUCGAUCGUGCCCAAACCUUCUCGUGUGACUCAAUUACAACACGCCAGCGGCAAUGGCUGAAAGAGGAAGAUGAAUUGGUGGACUACUUUGUUGAGGCAUUAGCGAAAGACUACAAUGACGGCAAGAUCCAUCGUACAUGGGAAUGUUAUUAUGAGGGCCUGAAUCCAUUCCUCCAAAAUGAUUUGUGAUAUCUGAACAGAAGGGUGAUAAAUAAUCAAUGUGCAGAUCAUGGACAGUAGAACAUAGAAUGGAUAAAAUGAUUCCGCUAUA